CAGACCCGGAAAUCUAUCGAUCCUUCCAUCAAUGGGUUUGGCUUGUGUUGUAAUUGCAUGGAAGAAAAAGGAUAGAAAGACUUUCAAAGUAAGUGGUAAGUUUGCCAACGCAUUUCGUAUUAGAGGAGAAGACGUCAAUAAUGGUUUUUACACAAUAGCUUUGCCAAAUAGUCGAGCAUGGGGAACUGGCCAUGUAAAAAGUGUCGGAAAGGCGAUAGGCCUAACAAAUAUACUCCAACUCAAACAACAGCCAAUGUAGAUAAAACAGAAGAACCAACUCCAACGCAAACACCGAGUCCGCUGCAACCAACACCUCCUUUCCCAGAUCCUAGGGCUGAAGUUGUUGUCGCUAUUUACCGCUAUGAUGGCAGAACUGACGAUGAUUUGUCAUUUGAAAAAGGAGACCAGCUUGAGGUUAGAGACAGCACCGGAGAUUGGUGGUACGCCCGUCAUAGGAAGACCGCAAAGAAGGGAUAUAUUCCGUGCAACUAUGUUGCCCCUUUGCAGUCACUUAAAGCAGAACCGUGGUACUUUGGGGAUAUUAAGCGACCUGAGGCAGAACGACUAUUACUGCGACCAGGCAACACACAUGGGUCAUUCCUCAUUAGAAAACAUGAUAGUAAGGGCUCCAACAUUGGUGUUGAUUGGUAUGCUUUAUCAAUAAGAGAUGGUGAUCUUAUUAAGCACUACAAAAUAAAAACAACAGAUAGUGGCAACUACUUUAUUGCAAGGAGAGAAGAGUUUGUCAACCUUCAUGCACUAAUUGCCCAUUAUACUGAUAGUUCUGAUGGGUUAGUAACAAACCUACGAACAGCAUGUCUUAAGGGAGAAGAUCUUCCUGUCACUACUGACCUUUCCCAUGAAACAGAGAAACAAUGGGAGAUUGAUCGCACGACUCUCAAGUUUACAAAGAUGGAUCGUUUAGGAGCUGGUCAGUUUGGAGAGGUUUACAAAGGUCUAUGGAACAAUAAAAUCCCUGUUGCAAUAAAGUCCCUGAAGCCUGGAUCGAUGAAGAAGGAAAGCUUUUUGGAGGAAGCGGCCCUGAUGAAGAGGCUGAAGCACCCUAACCUUAUUACCCUUUAUGCUGUUGUAUCUGUCUCUGAACCGAUCCUGAUUGUAACAGAGCUGAUGAAAAAUGGGAGUUUGCUGGACUACCUUCGCAAUGAAGGAAGAAGCCUUGAAUUAAAAACACUUGUAUACAUGAAUGCACAGAUAGCACAAGGCAUGGCUUUCUUAGAGUCGAGAAAUUUUAUUCACCGCGAUUUGGCAGCAAGGAAUGUUCUGGUUGGAGACAAUGAUACUGUUAAAAUAGCUGAUUUUGGACUUUCUAGAUGCAUAGAUGAUGGCGUUUAUGUUGCUCAUGUUGGAGCAAAGUUUCCCAUCAAAUGGACAGCUCCAGAAGCAUGCAUGUACAACCAGUUCUCCACAAAGUCUGAUGUUUGGUCUUUUGGUAUUGUCAUGUAUGAAGUUAUCACACUUGGAAGAAUGCCAUAUGCAGGAAUGAACAAUGCAGAGGCCCUAGCCGCCGUUGAAAAAGGCUACAGGAUGGAAAAACCAAGUGCAUGCAGUGUGCAAUACUAUGAAAUUAUGACACAGUGCUGGAAGAAGAAUCCAGAGGAGCGGCCUACUUUUGAAACUCUGACGUGGAUGUUAGAAGAUUACUUCGAGGACCAGCGGAAGUAUUUAGAUUCGAAAUAGAAGAAGACUCUGAGGAAGCAUAUCACGUAGAACUCAUACUUAGUUGCAAAAGUAUUUUCGUUUUAAGGUAGUCAGUCCUUUGAUUUGGGCUGGGUAAGAAAAAGUAGUUAUCAUUAAGUGUUUUUAUAUGAAACCCCCGAUCCAGUUAAAAUUUUUCUUCUUUCAGUGACACCAAGAAGGAUCUAGUACAAAAUUUUCUCUACCAUUUUGGCCAACCAUUGUACGUUUUACCUACUCCAGUACCAAAACCCUUUAUUUUCUUUGUGCGAUAAUAUGAUGAUCUUUGCUGAAGAACUCAUUUCCGACAACUAUGACACAGGGUACUGUAUCAUUUGGUUCUUUAGCUAACAACUUUUGAUUUGCUUUUUAUGUAUUUUUUACUUCAAGAAGUCCUGUAAUACAGUUCUUUAAAGGUGACAGAAGCAAUUUAUGAGCUUUUGUGAAAUUUUAGAGAUUUAGAUUUAAUUUUCAUUGCUUGGUUUCUAUUUCUGUGCGAAGUCGGUGUUAAAUAACUCUUAUAUCAUCUCGAAAUGUAAAUUUUUCAGACAAUUUUUUAUUUGUAUCCUGAUACCGUAUUUGUUGGCAUGA